AUGUCUCUCCUCGCUGCGCACCUCGACCAAAUCUCCUACUCAUGCCAGGGCAUUGACGCGCUCCCCUUCCCGCCGCCCAAAAUCUUUACCAAUGCUCUCCUCUCCAACCACGACAUCACCUCCCUCAUCCGCGACACCGAGCCGCACGAGCGCGCCCUCUUCUCUGUGCCUCCCCCACCACCGCCGGCCACUUCCUCCCGCAGCGGCGAGCAGCCCGCCCUGGACGCCCAGCCCACUGCCGCCCGCCGGCAGACCGUCUUCAACGUCGCGUCGGGCGAGGUCACCACCGGUCCGCCCACGCGCGGCUCCACGCACCCGCGCCGCCACACCGCCGUCGCGGCCGUUCUCGGCGGCGAGAUGCACGACCAGCUGCGCCGCGGGGCCGCCGCCGCCGCCGGGGGCGACGUCGACGUCGAGGUCCUGCUGCGCGGCGCCGAGAAGCUGUGCGGCGUCUACGAGCUGCCCGGGGCGCGCGACCGCAUCGCCGCCCUGCGCGCCAAGCACCGCAACGGCAAGAACACGGCCGCCUACUACGAGGCCAAGGUCGCGGCGCAGGCCGAGCAGCUGGCGAGCAUGAACAAGGGCUGGAUGGACCGGGACGACGAGGAGGACGAGGAAGAGGCCGAGGAUGAGAGUGAGCUCUGGACCGAGGAGGACCUGCGCCGCGAAGAGGACGAGGCCCGGCAGAUGGAGGCCAAGAAGCGCGAGCUGCAGGCGCGGCUGCGGGCCAUGAACAAGGACCUGGGCGGGCUCAUGAAUAUGUGA